UCAAGCCGAACAUGGCGGCGCCCUUGUGUUUGUGCUGAGAUAGUGUCUCUCUGGAGAAACAGACGCGAAUUCAGGCUCAGUGCUGUAUCAACAACGAGAGGAAGCGCCGACGGGGAUAUAAACGGCAGUACGAGGCAGCAUAUUCGGCUGUGACGUCCCUGGUUGGAGCCGGUCAGACCUUGGCGAGGCUCAGGCGGCGAGUCCGUGCGAGAAUGGGCCUCUCUUUCAGCCCCUAGCGAGGAGUGGACGAAAGGAGCCCUCGAAAAUACUGCCUGGGGACGAAGAGCGGGGGCCUGGGACACGGCAGCAGAGACACCUCGCCAAACCUGUUGAGUUUGCAGAGGAAUUUGAUGCGGGAUUUUUGCCUUUCGGCUCUGCCUCUGUUUUGGGAGAAGGACGCCUAAUUUUCCCUUUCCCGUGUGAGGGAUUGCGGGGAGAUAAGGGCCCUGAUGAGAAUGGACUCGGAGCUGCUUCACUCUCCCGCCGUGGGCCUCGGGGAGGAGGAGGAAGCCGACAUGACGGACUGGAACCUGCCGCUGGCCUUCAUGAAGAAGCGGCACUGCGAGAAGAUCGAGGGCUCCAAGGCGCUGGCCCAGAGCUGGAGGAUGAAGGACAGGAUGAAGACUGUGAGCGUGGCGCUGGUGCUGUGCCUGAACGUGGGGGUCGACCCUCCAGAUGUGGUGAAGACAUCUCCCUGCGCCAGGCUGGAGUGCUGGAUUGACCCGCUGUCUAUGAGCCCACAGAAGGCACUGGAGACCAUUGGAGCCAACCUCCAGAAACAGUAUGAGAACUGGCAGCCCAGGGCUCGCUACAAGCAGAGUCUGGACCCCACGGUGGAUGAGGUGAAGAAGCUGUGCACCUCCCUGCGCCGCAACGCCAAGGAGGAGCGGGUGCUGUUCCACUACAAUGGGCAUGGCGUGCCGCGGCCCACCGUCAACGGAGAGAUCUGGGUUUUCAACAAGAACUACACACAGUACAUCCCCUUGUCCAUCUAUGACCUGCAGACCUGGAUGGGCAGUCCAUCGAUCUUCGUGUACGACUGCUCCAACGCCGGCAUCAUCGUCAAGUCUUUCAAGCAGUUCGCCCUGCAGAGGGAGCAGGAGCUGGAGGUUGCAGCCAUCAAUCCCAACCACCCUCUGGCUCAGAUGCCCCUGCCCCCUUCCAUGAAAAACUGCAUCCAGCUGGCUGCCUGCGAGGCCAGCGAGCUCCUGCCCAUGAACCCUGACCUCCCGGCGGACCUCUUCACCUCCUGCCUGACCACGCCCAUCAAGAUCGCCCUGCGCUGGUUCUGCAUGCAGAAGAGUGCCAGGCUGGUGCCCGGGGUGACCCUGGACCUCAUCGAGAAGAUCCCCGGCCGGCUCAACGACAGGCGCACCCCGCUGGGAGAGCUGAACUGGAUCUUCACCGCCAUCACCGACACCAUCGCCUGGAAUGUCCUCCCCAGAGACCUCUUCCAGAAACUCUUCCGCCAAGACCUGCUGGUGGCCAGUUUGUUCCGCAACUUCCUGUUGGCCGAAAGGAUAAUGAGGUCGUACAACUGCACGCCUGUCAGCAGCCCACGCCUGCCCCCUACCUACAUGCACGCCAUGUGGCAGGCCUGGGACUUGGCAGUCGACAUCUGUCUCUCUCAGCUGCCCACCAUCAUUGAGGAGGGCACAGCAUUCAGGCACAGCCCCUUCUUUGCAGAGCAGCUGACAGCUUUCCAGGUGUGGCUGACCAUGGGUGUGGAGAACAGGAACCCGCCUGAGCAGCUGCCCAUCGUGCUGCAGGUGCUUCUGAGUCAGGUGCACCGGUUGAGAGCUCUGGACCUGCUUGGCCGGUUCCUGGACCUGGGACCCUGGGCUGUCAGCCUGAUUCUUUCAUCGUCCUUUCCCUUUCUUUCUUUCUUAUCCUCUCUCUAUCCCACUGGGAUCUCACAGUCUUGUCAAGCUGACCUGGUGAAGGACAACGGCCACAAGUACUUCCUGUCGGUCUUGGCGGAUCCCUACAUGCCAGCUGAGCACCGUACCAUGGCAGCAUUUAUCCUGGCAGUGAUCGUGAACAGUUAUAACACAGGACAGGAGGCCUGUCUGCAGGGAAACCUCAUUGCUAUUUGCCUCGAGCAGCUCAGUGACCCCCACCCCCUCCUGCGCCAGUGGGUGGCCAUCUGCCUGGGCCGCAUCUGGCAGAACUUCGACUCCGCGCGCUGGUGCGGUGUGCGCGACAGCGCCCACGAGAAGCUCUACAGCCUGCUGUCGGACCCCAUUCCUGAGGUACGCUGUGCCGCGGUCUUCGCUCUGGGCACCUUUGUGGGCAACUCAGCGGAGCGAACUGACCACUCCACCACCAUCGACCACAACGUGGCCAUGAUGCUGGCGCAGCUCAUCAACGAUGGCAGCCCCGUUGUGCGCAAGGAGCUGGUGGUGGCGCUCAGUCACCUGGUGGUCCAGUACGAGAGCAACUUCUGCACUGUGGCACUACAGUUCAUGGAGGAAGAGAAGAACUACGCUGUCCCCUCGCCCGCCAGCAACACAGAGUCCGGGAACCUGACCCCGGUGAGGGACAGCCCGGCCAUCCCUCGCCUUCGCACCGUCAGUUCCUACGGCAACAUCCGAGCAGCCACCACGGCCCGGAACCUGAACAAGAGCCUGCAGAACCUCAACCUGAACGAGGAGGUAGGGGGCCACAUUGUCUUUUCACCGGGGAACCUGAGCACCAGCAGCAGCGCCAGCAGCACCCUGGGCAGUCCCGACAACGACGAAUAUAUCCUGUCCUUCGAGACCAUCGACAAAAUGAGGAGGGUCAGCUCCUACUCCUCCCUCAACUCCCUCAUCGGGGUGUCCUUCAACAGCGUCUACACGCAGAUCUGGAGGGUGCUGCUUCACCUGGCUGCUGAUCCCUUCCCUGAGGUGUCCGACCUGGCCAUGAAGGUCCUCAACAGCAUCGCCUACAAGGCCACAGUGAACGCUCGCCCCCAGAGGAUCCUGGACUCGGGGUCCCUCACCCAGUCUGCCCCCGCCAGCCCCACCAGCAAAGGUGCCCAUAUUCACCAGGCCGGUGGCUCCCCGCCCAUGCCCAGCACCAGCAGCUCCAGCCUGACCAACGAGGUGCCCAAGCCGCCCGCCAGGGACCUGCCACCCGCCCGGCCGCCGUACACCCCCACGCUGGGCGGCCAGGCGCCGCACUCGCACCAGUUCCCGCGCACGCGCAAGAUGUUCGACAAGGGGCCGGACCAGACGGCCGAUGACGCCGACGAGCCGGGGGGCCACCGGAACCUCAUCAGCGCCGCCCUGCAGACCGGCCUGUGCGACUGGAGCGCCAAGUACUUCGCCCAGCCCGUCAUGAAGGUGGGCUGCCCUCUCCCCCCCCCGCCCCCGCCCGAGUCGAGUGUGACCCGGCUGGAUGACCAGAUCUUCAUCAACCGGAACCCGGGGGUGCCCUCUGUGGUGAAGUUCCACCCCUUCAACCCCUGCAUCGCCGUGGCGGACAAAGACAGCAUCUGUUUCUGGGACUGGGAGAAGGGAGAGAAGCUGGACUACUUCUACAACGGGAAUCCUCGCUACACACGCAUCACGGCUGUGGAAUACUUGAAUGGACAUGACUGCUCUCUGCUUCUCACUGCCACAGACGAUGGGGCGCUCCGGAUCUGGAAGAAUUUCGCUGACCUGGAGAGGAACCCGGAGAUGGUGACGGCGUGGCAGGGCCUGUCCGACAUGCUGCCCACCACACGAGGGGCUGGAAUGGUCGUGGACUGGGAGCAGGAAACCGGACUGUUGAUGACCUCCGGGGACGUGCGGGUUAUUCGGAUCUGGGACACGGACAGGGAAACAAAGGUCCAGGACAUCCCGACUGGUGCGGAUAGCUGUGUGACCAGCCUGUCGUGUGACUCCCAGCGCUCCCUGAUAGUGGCGGGGCUGGGCGACGGCUCGGUGCGCGUCUAUGACAGGAGGAUGCCCCCUAAUGAGUGCCGCGUGAUGACCUACCGCGAGCACGGCGCCUGGGUGGUGAAGGCGCACCUGCAGAAGGAGACGGAGGGCCACAUCAUCAGUGUCAGCGUCAAUGGGGAUGUCCGCUUCUUUGAGCCUCGGAGUCCAGACUCUGUGAACGUGCUGCAGACUGUGAAAGGCUUAACAGCCCUCGACAUCCACCCACAAGCCAACCUGUUUGCCUGUGGCUCAAUGAACCAGUUCAUCGCCGUCUACAACUCCAACGGAGACGUCAUCAGCAACAUCAAAUACUACGAUGGGUUCAUGGGACAGAGGAUCGGGGCCAUCAGCUGUCUCGCUUUCCAUCCUUACUGGCCCCACCUGGCGGUCGGCAGCAACGACUUCUACAUGUCCAUCUACUCUGCGGAAAAGAGACUGAGAUAACGCCAGCACACUGGCCCCUGCCUCACGAACCCCCGAAAACUGAUGUAAAUUACUUAUAGUGUACAUAUCCAAAUACCAACUUGAAUGUCUAGUGAUGGCUGCUGCUACUCAUAAAUUGUCAUUAUUAUUAUAUUAUUAUUAUUAUUAUUAUUAUUAUUAUUAUUAUUAUUAUUAUUAUGAGCUACUGAUUGUAGAUUUGGUUGUGCUGAGGAGCGUGUAUAUUUAUUUGCCUAUACAGGUUAUAGAAAUAUUUUAAACCACACAAUGGGGGUGCGCUGCCUUUGUGGGUUCCUUGCUGUGUGAUCCGCGCCUGUCCGAGGACGGGGGGGGCGAGGGUUUGUCGCUUGCACCCCCUGAAGAGGGCGUGGCGCGGAGUGGCGGGCGGCCUUGCAGUUUAUCGUCCCGCUGGAGGCCCUGCGAGGGGGCGUGGCACACGGCAAAGCAAUAAAGUGUCAAAUUGACAAUUAAGACUCCCACUGUGGCACAGCCUUAUCACUAAGUUACACCCGAUGGGGAUAUCUAGUAUUGCGCCCUCGUGUCUGAAAUAACUCCAGUAAGGACUCGGGUUGCUCUUGAACCAGGAGAUUCCCUUCGGAUAGCUGUUUGAGCUAUGAAAUUGUACUUCAGCCCUUUUCACCUUUUAUUGUUCUUGUUCUUGUUCUAUCCCGCUGUGCUGACGUUCACGCUGGGAUGGUAUCGGGUUUUGCUCCAGGGGUGUUUUGACAGCAGAACUGUGAUCGAAGGGGAGAGUGCCCCCGCCCCCACAGUGCCCCCCAGGCCAAUGGACGGGCCCCGUGUGGAGGAGUGGCCUGCGCGUGAUUGGCUCUCUCGGGGUCCGUCCCCUUCCUGGUUGGGUUCCUGCGCCCCUCUCAGGACCUCCCGGAGCGGGCAGCCGCGAGAGAGAGAGAGAGAGAGAGCGCAGCCGGUGGCCGACUCCCCCUGCACCCGUGGGCGAUGGGAGUGUGGCACUGCCACCCAGCCGCUGCCAGGGAGUUUUAACACACCAGCAUUGCCUUCCUUUCAGGGUGGUGGUUUUUUUUUUCCUGCGUCCUCCUUCCCUGUUGGGCUGUUUCGUGCCGACCGCAGAGGGCCCCCUCUGCCGCGUGUGACCUGGGGGAGCCCGGGUCUGCGUCUGACCCCCCCCCACCCCACCCCGGCCUGUCGGAUCACGAGACAGACCUGCGGGCCUCCCUGCAGCGCUGCACAGCGGGCCUGUGUGUUGCGCAGAGGCUCGUAUUCUGGACCUGCUGAGGACGCCUACCCCUCCCUCCCUCCCCCCUUCCGAUUAAAAGGGAUAAAGGGAUAUUGUCUUCUACGAGCGACGGACACGCUUUUUUCCGUUGUUGUUGUUUUUCCUUCAGAAGACGGGGGUUUCAUUGCGAACGUCCGUUUGUAGGACGAGGAUGACCGAGCAGGAGGUCUCGAUCCGGUCUGUGCGCAGGAGCGGAGGCGACCGCGGAGGCCGUGGCGCAGGGGGAGGUCGCCCCGCUGCCCGCGGCUUCCCUGCGAGACUCGGAACCGCACAGACUGGUGCUUUCACACCCCUGCUUUGUCCCGACUGACUGUGUGCGUGCGGGGCUCCACGUUGGAUCUCGUUGUCCAGCGGCGUUCAUAUUCAGCUUGUAUCACGUAUAUUAAUCUGUUAAUUGCAUCUCUUUGGGUGUGCUUUGUAUGUUUUUGUUUUUAUUAUUGGAGAUUUUCUUUCUUUUUUUGGGGGGGGGCUUUUUAGUUUUUGGCUUUGUGAACCGGACUCCUCCCUGGGCUGUGUAGGGAAGACAUUAGGGGUGAACAGGGUGAUGGGCCACGCGAUGGCCUUGGACUUCUUCAAGCGGUUAGGCUUCCCAGUUUUUUUAAAAUGUGGUAAAAAUCUUUCAUCAGUUCAGAUAUCUGCUUGGCUUGGUGUCUCUGUUUGACUUGUCAUAGUUAGAGAGGAUACUAAAGGCUACUAAAGGAGGCCCACAGACUGGCCUGGCCGCCAGCAACACUUGGUCUGCUGUCUAAUCCACGUAUUGUGCUCCACUUCGCACUAUCUCCCCCUAGUGGAAGGGGGGUGGCAUUACUAGCUUAUAUUCACAGACAGCACAGCUCCCACUGUCCAGCCACUAUGUCCUCCUCUGUUAAAACCUGCUGUGAGACGUUUUAACAUUUUAGAAUAAGAAAAACUAAAACAUAUAUAUAUAUACACACGAAUGAUUUAAAAAAACAAUCAGGUGUUCUCCUUGGCUGUAGAGACUGCUUUGUUGAAUGUGGUUUGUAAAACAGGAGAAAACUCGGCAAUGAAAUAAACCAAAUACACACGAAA